UGUAUUUUACCCGUGGUUUGCAUAUUUAAAAUCUCUGGACUCCAUCCUCUCCCUACCAACGAAGUCUCUCCGUUUCUAAAUGGAAUUAGUGGAGAUCGGAGCCUCUGGUGUAACGCACAGACAUGAUCUAUGGACGCAGUUUGUUUCACAUUAUAGCAAGUUUAAUCAUCCUCCAUUCUUCUGGAGCAACCAAGAAAGGAACAGAAAAACAAAUCACCUCAGAAGCACAGAAGCCAGUGCAGUGUGGAACUUGGACAAAGCAUGCAGAAGGAGGUGUCUUUACUUCUCCCAACUAUCCUAGCAAGUACCCUCCUGACCGAGAGUGUGUCUACAUCAUAGAAGCUGCCCCAAGGCAGUGCAUUGAACUCUACUUUGAUGAAAAAUAUUCAAUUGAACCAUCUUGGGAGUGCAAAUUUGAUCACAUUGAAGUUCGAGAUGGACCUUUUGGCUUUUCUCCAAUAAUUGGAAGAUUCUGUGGACAGCAGAAUCCACCUGUAAUAAAAUCUAGUGGAAGAUUUCUGUGGAUUAAAUUUUUUGCUGAUGGCGAGCUGGAGUCUAUGGGAUUUUCAGCUCGUUAUAAUUUCACACCUGAUCCUGACUUUAAGGACCUUGGAGUUUUGAAACCAUUGCCAGCGUGUGAGUUUGAAAUGGGCGGUCCUGAAGGAAUCGUGGAGUCCAUACAAAUUCUGAAGGAAGGCAAAGCUUCUGCCAGUGAAGCCGUGGAUUGCAAGUGGUACAUCAGAGCCCCGCCACGAUCCAAGAUUUACUUGCGUUUCUUGGACUAUGAGAUGCAGAAUUCAAAUGAAUGUAAAAGGAACUUCGUGGCGGUGUAUGAUGGCAGCAGCUCGGUGGAGGACUUGAAGGCCAAGUUCUGUAGCACCGUGGCUAAUGACGUGAUGCUGCGCACAGGCCUGGGGGUGAUCCGCAUGUGGGCGGACGAGGGCAGCCGCAACAGCAGGUUUCAGAUGCUCUUCACAUCCUUCCAAGAGCCUCCUUGCGAAGGAAACACGUUCUUCUGUCACAGUAACAUGUGUAUUAACAACACGCUAGUCUGCAAUGGGCUCCAGAACUGUGUAUACCCCUGGGAUGAAAAUCACUGUAAAGAAAAGAGGAAAACCAGCCUGCUGGAUCAGCUGACCAACACCAGUGGGACGGUCAUUGGCGUGACUUCCUGCAUUGUGAUCAUCCUUAUUAUCAUCUCUGUCAUUGUACAGAUCAAACAGCCUCGUAAAAAAUACGUCCAAAGGAAGUCAGACUUUGACCAGACCGUUUUCCAGGAGGUGUUUGAGCCUCCUCACUAUGAGUUAUGCACGCUCAGAGGGACCGGAGCCACGGCUGACUUCGCAGACGACUUUGAUAACUAUCACAAACUGCGGAGAUCAUCUUCCAAAUGCAUCCAUGACCAUCACUGUGGAUCCCAACUGUCCAGCGCAAAAGGCAGCCGCAGUAACCUCAGCACAAGGGACGCUUCCAUCUUGGCAGAGAUACCCACCCAGCCAGUCAAGCCCCUCAUCCCACCCGUGAACAGAAGGAACAUCCUGGUCAUGAAACACAACUACUCGCAAGAUGCUGCUGAUGCCUGUGACAUCGACGAGAUUGAGGAGGUGCCCACCACAAGCCACAGGCUAUCCAGACAUGAGAAAUCCGUCCAGCGGUUCUGCCUCAUUGGAUCUCUAAGCAAACAUGAAUCCGAAUACAACACAACUAGGGUGUAAAACGAAAACUCAAGCUGAUCUCCUCAAAACUCUUCGAGCCUAUCAACUGUCCUUGAAUUAGGAGAACGCAUCCCAUGCGCUGUAUGAACUUAAUAAGCUGGUGUGUUUGUUGCAUCUUAUUCAUCGGGAGGGAAAAAAAAUGUUUUAACUGUGCUUUAUUUUCAGAGAACUAUUUAUACACACAUGGGGACUGUGAAAAGGGAAUUCUGUAGCGAAUUGUGAAAAGUGGACAUAUUUUUAAAUCCAUUCCACUGCCUUUACCCAAACUUAAAGAGUCACAGACAUGUGUUAUUCCCUCGGCAAGACAUCCCUGCUGCUGAGCAAUGAUGUGUCCAUUCCCUAAUUUGGUUGCUGAUCACCAAGUGCUCCUUAGGUUUUAAAUACAUUCUGAGAUUUACGGAAACUUGAAGAAGAAAUUAGUUCCUGAUUAAGACUACCCCAGCUUUACU